AUGAUUCGCCAAUCUCUCUACAACCCUCCUUCCAUCGCCUUCUCAACCCCAUCCCCCACUGCUCACAAACGCCACCGUUUCGCUCCUCCUAGUUGGGGAAUAAUCCGAUGCGACGCGUCGUCGGUGUCGGUGACGGUGGAGCAGAAGGCUGUUGGGCCUGGUGGGCUGGGCCCGCACACGGGGCGAGACCCAAACGUGAAGAAGCCAGAGUGGUUGCGGCAGAAAGCUCCGCAGGGUGAAAGGUUCGAAGAGAUUAAGGAAUCCCUUUCCCAUUCGAAGCUCAACACUGUUUGCGAAGAGGCACAGUGCCCCAACAUAGGAGAGUGUUGGAAUGGAGGCGGAGACGGGAUUGCAACUGCGACAAUCAUGCUUCUCGGGGAUACUUGCACUCGUGGCUGUAGGUUUUGUGCUGUGAAGACCAGUCGAAACCCUCCACCUCCUGAUCCUAUGGAACCGGAAAACACUGCCAAGGCCAUAGCAAGUUGGGGUGUGGAUUAUAUUGUCCUAACAAGUGUGGAUCGUGAUGAUAUACCUGAUGGAGGAAGUGGCCAUUUUGCUCAGACUGUCAAAGCUAUGAAGAAUCUCAAACCUGAUAUAAUGGUUGAGUGUUUAACCUCUGAUUUUCGAGGUGACUUGAAGGCUGUAGAAACUCUGGUUCAUUCAGGUUUAGAUGUCUUUGCUCACAACAUUGAGACAGUCAAACGCCUCCAAAGAAUUGUUAGAGAUCCAAGGGCUGGGUAUGAGCAAAGCCUGUCAGUUCUAAAACAUGCAAAACGUAGCAAGGAGGGUAUGAUAACAAAAACGUCUAUAAUGCUGGGUCUUGGAGAAACUGAUGAUGAGGUGAAGGAAGUGAUGGAUGCUUUAAGGGCCAUAGAUGUCGAUAUUAUGACAUUUGGUCAAUAUUUACAGCCAACUCCCUUGCACUUGACUGUCAAAGAUUAUGUUACUCCUAAGAAGUUUGCUUUCUGGAAAGAAUACGGGGAAUCUAUAGGUUUUCGUUAUGUAGCUAGUGGUCCACUGGUGCGAUCUUCGUACAGGGCUGGGGAGCUGUUUGUCAAGACAAUGGUGCGAGAAAAGACCAAGAACGCUGGUGACUCAUAG